GCCCUAUGGGGCGGGGAAAUGAGACGGGGCUGCAAGUUGGGGAUAGGGGUUUCUCUCUGGGGGCGUGGCUUAUGGAUCCUAGCUUUCCCGCCGACGGUUGGCCACGUCACGUGACAUGGGUUGGAAGAUGGCGUCUCCCACAGACGGGACAGAUCUGGAAGCAUCUCUGCUAAGUUUUGAAAAACUUGACCGUGCCUCGCCAGACCUUUGGCCAGAACAAUUACCAGGUGUUGCUGAAUUCGCAGCUUCCUUUAAAAGUCCUAUUACUAGUUCUCCACCCAAAUGGAUGGCUGAAAUAGAACGUGAUGACAUUGAUAUGUUGAAAGAACUGGGGAGCCUCACCACAGCUAAUUUGAUGGAGAAGGUACGGGGCCUGCAGAACUUGGCCUAUCAGCUGGGGCUAGAUGAGUUCAUCUAGAAAGAAAAGCCAACAUGACGAGGGAACUGCAUUGCUGUGAAGAUGCCUGAGGAAAAAGAGCUUGUCUGGGCAUCUUUGUUGUGAAGGUUUAGGUUAUCACUGAAGCCCCAUACACAAUCUUUAGUGGCUCACUGUCCAGCAUAGUUUUUCUUUUUCAGUUCUUAGGCCUUUUGUAGAAAUGAAUAUAUUGUAACUAAAGUAGAACACAUGAGCAAUGACUUUAAGUCCCUGUUUAAUGGUUCCAAACAUGUACCCUGGGAAAUUAGUAUAAUCAUUGGCAUCACUGUGGAUGUUUUGUGAGGUUUGUUUUUAAGAAGUUCUUAAGUCAGAUCCAAGGAAUUAUAUCUGUAUUUGAUAGGUUGAAAAGUAUAACUUUGGUUUAAAGAAAGCUUUGGGAGAGUAUACUGUCUUAUUGUAGUGAACAACUUGCAGGAAUUGCUUUUUCAAAAUAUAGCUUAAGAAGGGCCUCUAUUUAAGGAAACUAAGGCUAGUAGAAAGAAAUGAUGGCCUGAGAAUAAUAUAAGGGAAAGAACAUUAACUUGGAAAUAAGUAGGUAGGAGCCAGAUGAUAAAUAGCUAACAGGUGAGAGCAAUAUAGUGAUUAAGAGCUUGGGUUCUGGGGGUCAUACAGAUUUAUUAUGGACCUCAGUCUACCACUUAGGCAAGUUACUUAACUUUCUAAGCCCUAGUUUCUUCAUUUGUAGAAUGGAGAUAAUAACCUUAGAACAGUGGUUCUCAAACUUCUUGGAGUCAGGACUUUUUUUUUUAAGUUUAUUUUUUUAUUUUGAGAGAGACAGAGACAGCUCAAGUGGGGAGGGGCAGAGAGAGGGGGAGACAGAGAAUCCCAAGCAGGCUCUGUGCUGCUAAUGCAGAGCCCCACACAGAGCUUGAACUCAUGAAACCACAAGAUCAUGACCUGAGCGAAAACCAAGAGUCUGAUGCUUAACCAACUUAGCCACCCAGGUGCCCCAUGGACUUCUUUAAACUCUUAAAAAUUCAUGGUGACCCCAAAGAGCUCUUGUGUGUGGGGUUAGGUCUAUAUUUACUGUUGCAGAAAUUAAAACUGAGAAAAUUUAAAAGUAUUUAUUAAUGGGAGCGCCUGGGUGGCUCAGUCAGUUGAGCAUCGAACUCUUGAUUUCGGCUCGGGUCAUGAUCCCAGGGUUGUGGGGUUGAGCCCCAUAUUGGGUUCUGCACUGAGUGUGGAGCCUGCUUAAGAUUGUCCUCCCCCUCCCCCUCUGCCCUUCUCCGCCUUUGUGCUCUCUUUCUCUCUUAAAAAUUGUAUGUUUUAAUUUUUAAUAUUUUUUACCAUUUAUUUUUGAGAGACAGAGAAAGACAGAGCAUGAGUAGGGGAGGGGCAGAGAGAGGGAGACACAGAAUCUGAAGCAGGCUCCAGGCUGUCAACAAAGAGCCUGAUGCAGGGCUCAGACCCAUGAACAGUGAGAUUAUGACCUGAGCCAACUUAGUUGGCACUCAACCAACUAAGUCACCCAGGUGCCCCUAAAAAAAUUUUUUUUAAUUAAUGAAUUUUAAAAUAGGAAUAAAUCCAUUACAUAUUCACAUAAAUAACAUUUUUAUGAAGAAUAACUAUUUUCCAAACAAAAAAUAUUGAGAAGAGUGUGGCAUUUUUGUAUUUUUUCCAAUUUCUUUACUGUCAGCUUGAUAAAAGCUUGAAAAAAGAUUUUCAUAUCUGCUUCUGCUUUCAUAUGUUGGGUAAGCUCUAGAAAACUUCAUUGGUCCCCUGUGAGAAAAUGAGUGAAAAAGGCAUCUUAGUAUUGUACGUAUAGGUUUGGAUUCAUGGAUUCCCUGAAAGAUGCUUAGCGAUCCCUAGGAUCCUUAGUUUCCUGACUACACUUUCAGGGCUUUUACCUCAGAGUGUUGUUUUUAUGAUUUGACACAAUAUUGUUUAUAAAAACCUUAGCGUAGUGUUGACACUUAAAAAGUGCUUAAAAACUAUUAAUUGUUAUCAUUAUGGGAGCAUAUGGGAAAUUUUGUGUGAUCAUAUUUACAUUCUUAAAAAUAUCUCUUUGCCAACACGGUAGAAGAUGGAUUGGUAAUAAAAGGAAUAAGGUAGAGACAGAGAAACAAGUUAGGUUUCUUUAAUAAGCCAGACUAAAAUGGUAAGCCCUUGAACUAAGAUAGUGGAAAUGAAAAAUGAAGGAUAGCUCCUAGAAAUCUGAGUUAGUAGAAUGGAAAGUCUUAGUGAUUGAUUGGUUAUAUUGGGGUCAGGGAAUUCUGGUCAGUAAGAAUGAGGAGUCAAGAAUGACUCUUGGUGUACACCUUAAAUUUGCACACUGAUAUUGUCAGAUACAUUUCAGUUUUUUAAAAAAAUGACUCCGGUUUCUGGCUUGGAUAAAUAUAGGAAGAAGAUCACCUUUGAGAAGAAAGAUGGGAGAGUUCAGUUGUUUAAGGGUAUGCAUAGUCAAUUUAGGAGGACAUAUGCAGGAGAUAGUUAAAUAUGUGGAUCUAGUGCUCAGGAAAUAGAGUUUUGAAUACCAUAAGCUUAUAAAUUCUAGUUAAAGCCAUUAGUGAGAAGAUCACCCAGGAGGGAUAUGUGAUGUUACAACAGGACUCUGGUGUGGUAGGCAGACUGAGAUGGUCUCUCUGAUCCCUGCUUCUUGUAUUUAUGCCCUUGCAUGAUCUUAUUCUUUUGACUGUGGGCUGGAUCCACUGACAGCAAAAAUGGUGGAAUGCUGCUUCUGUGAUUAAAUUACAAAAAGGCCAUAACUUCUGUCUUGUUGUCCCUCAUUCCCCUUUUAAAGAAGCAAGAUGCCAUGUUGUGAGUAUGGAGAGAAAAACUGGCUUGGGAAUUGUAAGAGCCUGGACAUUGGAAACAGACUUGUUCUAAUACUUACUAAACUUGACAAGUUAUCUCUCUAACCUCAUUUUCCUUGUCUUUAAAAUGGAGUUAAUUAUAAUAUCUUCUUAGGUUGUUGAGAGGAUUAGAUUGGAUGAUGAUUAUAAAAUGCCCAGUAUGAAUCUUCAUGACCUUGGAUCUGAUUACAGAUUCUUACAUAUGACACCAAAAAUACAAGCAACAAAGUAAAAAAUAGAUAAAUUGGACUUCAUUAAAGUUAAAGACAUUUGUGCAUCAAAGGACAUUAUCAAGAAAGUGAAAUGACAACCCACAGAAUGGGAGAAAAGUUUUGUAAAUUAUAUAUCUGAUAAGAGGCUAGUAUCUACAAUAUGAAGAACUUUUACAACUCAACAACAAAAAGACAAUCCAAUUAAAAGAUAGGCAAAGGACUUGAAUGGACAUUUCUCCAAAGAAGAUACACAAAUGGUCAAUAAGCACAUAAAAAGAUGAACAUCAUUAGUCAUUAGGGAAAUGCAAACCAUGGCCAUAGUGGGAUAUCAUUUCACACCCACUAAGAUGGCUAUAAUAAAAAUAGUUAAAAAAAAAUUUUUUUUUUUACAUUUAUUUAUUUUUGAGAGACAGAGAGAGAAGAACACAGCAGGGGAGGGGCAGAGAGAAAAGGAGACACAGAAUCUGUGAGCAGCCAGUUGAUGCAGGCUUCAGGCUCCGAGCUGACAGCACAGAGCCCAACGCGGGGCCCGAAUCCACAAACCAUGAGAUCAUGACCUGAGCCAAAGUCGGACACUCAACCGACUGAGCCAUCCAGUCGCCCCAAAAAUAGUUUUUUUAAAAACAGAAAAUAACAAGUGCUGGCAAGGAUAUGGUGAAAUUAGAACCCUCAUACAUUGCUGGUGGAAAUGUAAAAUGAUGUGGCCACUGUGGAAAGUUGGUGGUUCCCUAAAGGUUAAACAUAGAAUUAGUGACCUAGCAAUUCCACUAUUAGAUAUAUACCCAGUAGAAUUGAAGACAAGACCUCAAAUACUUGUACCUGUAUGUUCGUAUCAGUACUAUUCAUGUUAGCUGAAAGGUGGAAACAAGCCAAAUGUCUGUUAACAGAUGAGUGGAUAAGAAGCACAAUAUAGUAUAUAUACACAAGGGAAUAUUAUUCAGCCAUAAAAGUGAAGUACUGAUACAUAGUACAACGUGGAUGAAUUUCAAAAACAUUGUACUAACCAGGAAGCCAGACACAAAAAGAUCACAUGCUGUAUGAUUCCAUUUAUAUGAGACAUCCUGGGUAGAUAAACCCAUAGAGACAGAGCAGAUUGGUGGUUGCCAAUCAGGAGAAAGGACAGGAGAUGAAGGGGGAAAUGGGGAGUGAUUGCUUAAUGGAUACAAGCUUUUCUUUUGGAGUGAUGAAGAUGUUUUAGAAUUUGAUCUAGGUGGAGGUUACACAAUAUUGUGAAUAUACUAAAUGCCAUUGACAUGUACACUUAAAAAUUUCACGUUAAAGCAGUUUUAGCUCCAGGGGUAGUUGGGUGGCUAAGUUGGUUAAGCAUCCAACUUUUUUUUUUUUUAAUAUAAUUUGUUGUCAAAUUGGCUAACAUACAGUAUGUGCAGUGUGCUCUUGGUUUUGGGGGUAGAUUCCUGUGAUUCAUCGCUUGUAUACAACAACACCCAGUGCUCAUCCCAGCAAGUGCCCUCCUCAAUGCCCAUCAUCCAUUUUCCCCUCUGCCCCUGCCCCCCUCCCCCCCCCCAA